AUGGCAGUAUCUAGAGUAACCCUCUUUGGUGGUGUCAGUAUUACUCUUUCUUUGCUUGUACUUUACAAUGCAUUUGUGCAGCGUCAUGGAAUGUUUUUCCCUGCAUGCGUCCAUAUAGCCCAAAGCUCUGGUAGUUUACUGAUUUUAAGCUGCUCUGCUUUCUACUUGAUAUAUCUAUGUGGCCAUGCUCUUCAGCUACUUUUAUUUGGAGAGCUACGUGCUAUUGAAGUCGAGCAUUUAUAUGAACGAUCCUGGUCCUCUGUUAUGGAUACAUGCAUCGCAAUGACCAUAUUCAAGUACGAGUUUGAAUGGCGAUUUGUAUUGUUUUUUGUACUACUGCUGCUUGUCAAGAUGUUUCACUGGAUCUGUGCAGACAAGGUCGACCACAUGGAACAAUCCAACGAUAUCACUGCUUUAUUUCAUAUUCGGACUCUGUCUGCAAUGGGUUUUUUGCUGCUAGUUGAUGUCGCUUUUCUUGGAUAUGCCGUCAAUAGCGUGGUUGCUCAUGGACCAACAAUGAUGAUUUUAUUUGCAUUCGAAUAUUCAAUCAGACUGAUUGUGCUCAUCUCCAUUUGCGCAAAGUAUAUUUUACACAACAUUGAUUUGCGAAGCGAAGCUCCAUGGGAAGAUAAAUCCAUAUAUUUCUGUUACGUUGAAUUGACUGUUGAUGUUUUGAAACUGGUUGGGUAUUCGUUGUUUUUCCUCGCGAUCAUGCAUUUUUAUAGCAUUCCGCUGCAUAUUGUGCGUGACUUGUACAUGACUUUGCGAAGUGUUAUUCAAAAGUGUGGCGAUCUCAUCAAAUACUACCGUGCAACGGCCAACAUGGAUCAACGGUAUCCAAAUGCAACAGAAGCUGAGUUGGCACAGAUGGAUCGAGUGUGUAUUGUUUGUCGUGAAGAAAUGAUUGCUGUGCCUGCUGUAGUACCUCCACCUGCUCCUGUUGGGUUUGCUGCACGUGCAGCAGCAGGUGUUGGUCAUCGUGCCAAUCCUAUUGCUCCCAAACGACUCCCGUGUGGACAUGUUUUUCAUUUUCGAUGUCUUCGCAGCUGGUUAGAACGUCAGCAGGCUUGUCCCACUUGUCGUCGAUCGGUUCUAGAUAUGCCUAAUUUAUCAGCAACACCACCAGCACAAGUACCGGUUCCAGAUCCUGCCGCGGCUGCUGCCUAUCCACCCAUUCAGCCUUUUGCAGGAAAUUUGCCGCCCCAUAUAUUUCCCCAAGCACCACCAGCUAUGCUUCCUCCAGGUUAUAUGCCACAAGCAGGACCCAUGCCUUUGCUUCCAACUCCAGCGUAUUUAGAUCCAUUACAACAUCCUGCUGCGCCGCCAGUCACAAUGGGAGUACUUGCAAACGGUGUGUUGGGCCAUCAGCAAGUUUAUCUCACUCCGCUAGGUCCCAUGCGAAAUGAUAUGAUUCCGCCAGAAGCCGCGUCGCUGCAGGUGUUGGAUAGAUUGACUGACGAGGAGCUCAAAUCUAUGGAAGGCAACACUCGAUUUGUAAUUAUUAAACGGCUAAAAGCUAUUGAACAAAUCCAAAUGCAGCUUGCUGGUAUCAGUACACAAUUUACUCAGCUAUUACAGCAAAUGCCCGUUUCCGAAGAAAAACAGCCCGACACAUCUUGAAUGAAUAUUGCUAAUUUUUAAAUAUAUUAACCAUAGUUUGGUGGAAAUGAAGCAAUAUAGUAUU